AUGCCCGACCUGAAGAGAGCGAGCGCGAAACGGCCAAAGCUGGUUCAGCGCGCGAGUCAAUACCUGGUCGCUAACUACGGGAAGGCCAAGGAGCCGAAUUACUUCACCGACGUUGAGCCUCGUCAGGAUGUACGGCACCACGUAUCGCUUGAGCAAGCAAUUGAUUCCUUACAUAGCGGGCUCAUGAGGGACACGUUCAAGCCUCUCGGCGCUGAACAGAACAGUGCAGUGCUCCGCGUUUUGGAGGGCUAUAUGAGAUUGAAAGCUGAGAACGGCCUGCUCUUGGUGAAGAUGGAAGCGCUCAGUCGGCAGCACGACGAGAAUGUAGAUACCCUGGAAGACGAGCGCAGGAUGUGGAAGGAAGAAGAGGAGAUGUACAGAGCUGAGGUGAAGAGGCUGGAGAUCAUGAUCGCUGAAGGGAAGACUGGGCUGGGGCAGGUGACAUUGGCUAGGCAGCAGAGUCUAGUGAGAAGAAAGGACAAUGGAAGGGAGAGAUGGAGCAGUGAGAAGGGUCGAGUUAGUGCGGAGUGGAGAGGCAGGAAGUCACCAGGUGGUAGUAUCGAGCGGCCAAAGUUUGAAAUCAUACGCCCCACGACGCCAUCGGACGAGAUGAAACAGCUCUCGAAGUCGAUCAAGGCAAACCACUCAUUCCUCAGCCUGAACUGCCUGCCCGAACGCCCACCGUCCAGAAUGCGAGGGCUGUCACUGGCCGAUGUAGACAUACCUCGUCACUGGAGAAAGAAGAGCGAGGUGACUAGCGCUGCACCGUCCACGUCAGGCUCUCCGGCUAAGAUCUCCCUCUCGGACGACGAUUUCAGUUCCACCGGAGGCGACGCACUACAGGACGAGAUCGACCAGCAGGAGCUCGACAAGCAGGCGAUUCAUCGCGUCGCUAAACUGAUGGCGGCGAAUGCUCCCGGUGUAAACCUCGGCGAGGCGAUUCGAUUACUCGAGGCAUGCAUAGCGGGCCAUCUGGACCUUACCGUCCUGCAGCAUCGCUCACUGAGAAAUCGACGCCCGUCGACGCCACUCAGCGAGCGUAGCAGCGAAGACGGUCUCACUAUACGCUCGUCCAAGUCGUUGACUGUGCGUCAUGGCGCGGACCAGGUGUGCACAAACACGGAGAACGAGCCGUCUCUUGGGCGCGUCCGGCGACCAUUUUCCUUCUAUGCAGGAGACGACCAGAUGAGCACAACCGACGUGCGCUGCGUCGCGGAAAAUCCGUCUUCGCACUCUUCCAUUUCUCCAGAAGCCUCGCCCAAAAGGCAUGGCUCCUUGCUUGCAAGCCUAGGACCCGAGCGCAUCACGGCAAGGCCUCGUCGUGAAGACUCCUCCUCCAGCGUACUCACCAGCUUCCGGCGCAGUCCUGUCGGCGACGGCGGCAAUCUGGGCAGCGAGUACGGAAGCGCCUCUUCGUUGACGCGAGCGUCGUGUCUCCUUGGCGAUCUGGUGAAUGACAGGUCACCUGCAAUACUGCGGAGGGCAAGUUCGUUGGCAAGAAUGAAGAGCACGGGGUUCGGCCGUUAG